AUGUCUACAGUCGGAAAGACCAUCACCUGCAAGGCCGCUGUCGCCUGGGAGGCGGGCAAGGAGCUGAGCAUUGAGGACAUCGAGGUUGCACCCCCAAAGGCGCACGAGGUCCGUAUCGAAAUCUACCACACCGGUGUGUGCCACACAGAUGCGUACACGCUGUCCGGCAAGGACCCGGAGGGUGCCUUCCCCAUCGUCCUGGGGCACGAGGGAGCUGGUAUCGUCGAGUCGGUUGGUGAGGGCGUGACCAACGUCAAGGUUGGCGACCAUGUCGUUGCUCUUUACACUCCCGAGUGCAAAGAAUGCAAAUUCUGCAAGUCAGGCAAGACCAACCUCUGCGGCAAGAUCCGCGCUACCCAGGGUAAGGGUCUCAUGCCCGACGGCACCUCAAGGUUCAAGUGCAAGGGCAAGGACCUGCUUCACUUCAUGGGCACAUCAACGUUCUCCCAGUUCACCGUCGUAGCCGACAUCUCGGUCGUCGCCGUGCAGCCAGAGGCCCCUAUGGACCGCACCUGUCUGCUGGGCUGCGGCAUCACGACCGGUUAUGGCGCCGCCCGUGUGACGGCCAACGUCGAGGAAGGAUCCAGCAUUGCCGUCUUCGGUGCAGGUUGCGUGGGCCUGUCGGUCGUGCAGGGUGCCGUGAUCAACAAGGCCGGCAAGAUCAUCGUCGUCGACGUGAACCCCGCAAAGGAGGAGUGGGCUCGCAAGUUCGGCGCCACAGACUUUGUCAACCCAACCAAGCUGCCCGAGGGCAAGACUGUGGUGGAUGCCCUUGUCGAGAUGACGGACGGCGGCUGCGAUUACACCUUCGACUGCACAGGCAACGUGCAGGUGAUGAGGGCCGCACUCGAGGCUUGCCACAAGGGAUGGGGCACCAGCGUCAUCAUCGGCGUGGCGGCCGCUGGUCAGGAGAUCAGCACAAGGCCGUUCCAGCUCGUUACUGGUCGCGUCUGGAAGGGUUGCGCGUUCGGUGGCAUCAAGGGCCGCUCGCAACUGCCGGGUCUGGUCGACGACUACCUCCAGGGCAGGCUCAAGGUCGAUGAGUUCAUCACCCAUCGCAAGAAGCUGGGUGAGAUCAACAAUGCAUUUGAGACUAUGAAACAGGGAGACUGCAUCCGCGCGGUUGUCGACAUGAGAGCCGUCUAA